AGGAGAGGCUUGGAGAGCGCGAGAUGCUAGGGCCCAGGCUGCCCCUAGAGGGCUGGCCCGAAGCGUUGGAGUCCAAAGACGCCUCCCACCGCCGCCGGGUGGCAGAACUGGGGGCAGGCGCGUCCCACCGACCCCGAGGGGUGGCCCCGCCCCAGGGCCGCGGGGAGGCGCCCCCGUGCGGGGCGGAGUUGUCACCGCCCCCUCCCCAAUCCCCGGGGACUGUGGCCCCUUCUUAAGCCCGCGGCGCCUCUAGCUGCCCCUCACUCGUCUCGCCCGCCAGUCUCCCUCCCGCGCGAUGGCCUCGGCGCUGAGCUAUGUCUCCAAGUUCAAGUCCUUCGUGAUCUUGUUCGUCACCCCGCUCCUGCUGCUGCCACUCGUCAUUCUGAUGCCCGCCAAGUUUGUCAGGUGUGCCUACGUCAUCAUCCUCAUGGCCAUUUACUGGUGCACAGAAGUCAUCCCUCUGGCUGUCACCUCUCUCAUGCCUGUCUUGCUUUUCCCACUCUUCCAGAUUCUGGACUCCAGGCAGGUGUGUGUCCAGUACAUGAAGGACACCAACAUGCUGUUCCUGGGCGGCCUCAUUAUGGCCGUGGCUGUGGAGCGCUGGAACCUGCACAAGAGGAUCGCCCUGCGCACGCUCCUCUGGGUGGGGGCCAAGCCUGCACGGCUGAUGCUGGGCUUCAUGGGCGUCACAGCCCUCCUGUCCAUGUGGAUCAGUAACACGGCAACCACGGCCAUGAUGGUGCCCAUCGUGGAGGCCAUAUUGCAGCAGAUGGAAGCCACAAGCGCAGCCACCGAGGCCGGCCUGGAGCUGGUGGACAAGGGCAAGGCCAAGGAGCUGCCAGGGAGUCAAGUGAUUUUUGAAGGCCCCACUCUGGGGCAGCAGGAGGACCAAGAGCGGAAGAGGUUGUGUAAGGCCAUGACCCUGUGCAUCUGCUACGCGGCCAGCAUCGGGGGAACUGCCACCCUGACCGGGACGGGACCCAACGUGGUGCUCCUGGGCCAGAUGAACGAGUUAUUUCCUGACAGCAAGGACCUCGUGAACUUUGCCUCCUGGUUUGCAUUUGCCUUUCCCAACAUGCUGGUGAUGCUGCUGUUCGCCUGGCUGUGGCUCCAGUUUGUUUACAUGAGAUUCAAUUUUAAAAAGUCCUGGGGCUGCGGGCUAGAGAGCAAGAAAAACGAGAAGGCUGCCCUCAAGGUGCUGCAGGAGGAGUACCGGAAGCUGGGGCCCUUGUCCUUCGCGGAGAUCAACGUGCUGAUCUGCUUCUUCCUGCUGGUCAUCCUGUGGUUCUCCCGAGACCCCGGCUUCAUGCCCGGCUGGCUGACUGUCGCCUGGGUGGAGGGUGAGACAAAGUAUGUCUCCGAUGCCACUGUGGCCAUCUUUGUGGCCACGCUGCUAUUCAUUGUGCCUUCACAGAAGCCCAAGUUUAACUUCCGCAGCCAGACUGAGGAAGAAAGGAAAACUCCAUUUUAUCCCCCUCCCCUGCUGGAUUGGAAGGUAACCCAGGAGAAAGUGCCCUGGGGCAUCGUGCUGCUACUAGGGGGCGGAUUUGCUCUGGCUAAAGGAUCCGAGGCCUCGGGGCUGUCCGUGUGGAUGGGGAAGCAGAUGGAGCCCUUGCACGCAGUGCCCCCGGCAGCCAUCACCUUGAUCUUGUCCUUGCUCAUUGCCGUGUUCACUGAGUGCACAAGCAACGUGGCCACCACCACCUUGUUCCUGCCCAUCUUUGCCUCCAUGGUGAAAACAGGAGUCAUAAUGAACAUAAUUGGAGUCUUCUGUGUGUUUUUGGCUGUCAACACCUGGGGACGGGCCAUAUUUGACUUGGAUCAUUUCCCUGACUGGGCUAAUGUGACACAUAUUGAGACUUAGGAAGAGCCACAAGACCACGCACAUAGCCCUUACCCUCCUCAGGACUACCGAACCUUCUGGCACACCUUGUACAGAGUUUUGGGGUUCACACCCCAAAAUGACCCAACGAUGUCCACACACCACCAAAACCCAGCCAAUGGGCCACCUCUUCCUCCAGGCCCGGAUGCAGAGAUGGUCAUGGGCAGCUGGAGGGCAGGCUCAGAAAUGAAGGGAACCCCUCAGUGGGCUGCUGGACCCAUCUUUCCCAAGCCUUGCCAUUAUCUCUGUGAGGGAGGCCAGGUAGCCGAGGGAUCAGGAUGCAGGCUGCUGUACCCCCUCUGCCUCAAGCAUCCCCCACACGGGGCUCUGGUUUUCACUCGCUUCGUCCUAGAUAGUUUAAAUGGGAAUCAGAUCCCCUGGUUGAGAGCUAAGACAACCACCUACCAGUGCCCAUGUCCCUUCCAGCUCACCUUGAGCAGCCUCAGAUCAUCUCUGUCACUCUGGAAGGGACACCCCAGCCAGGGACGGAAUGCCUGGUCUUGAGCAACCUCCCACUGCUGGAGUGAGAGUGGGAAUCAGAGCCUCCUGAAGCCUCUGGGAGCUCCUCCUGUGGCCACCACCAAAGGAUGAGGAAUCUGAGUUGCCAACUUCAGGACGACGCCUGGCUUCCCACCCACAGUGCACCACAGGCCGACCUACUCCCUUCAUCACUUGGUUCUGUUUUAAUCGACUGGCCCCCUGUCCCACCUCUCCAAUGAGCCUCCUUCAACUCCUUGGUCCCCUGUUGUCUGGGUCAACAUUUGCCGAGACGCCCUGGCUGGCAUCCUCUGGGGUCCCCCUUUUCUCCCAGGCAGGUCAUCUUUUCUGGGAGAUGCUUCCCCUGCCAUCCCCAAAUAGCUAGGAUCACACUCCAAGUAUGGGCAGUGAUGGCGCUCUGGGGGCCACAGUGGGCUAUCUAGGUCCUCCCUCACCUGAGGCCCAGAGUGGACACAGCUGUUAAUUUCCACUGGCUAUGCCACUUUGAUGCCAGCGUUUGAGCUCCUCUGGGGAAAAUCUUCCCUUUGUUGACUGGCCUUCACAGCCAUGGCUGGUGACAACAGAGGAUCGUUGAGAAUGAGCAGUGCUUGGUGAUCUCUCAGCAAACAACCCCUGCCCGUGGGCCAAUCUACUUGAAGUUACUCGGACAAGGACCCCAAAGUGGGGCAACAACUCCAGAGUGGCUGUGGGAAUCUUCAGAACCCCUCUGUAAGAGACAGAUAUGAGAGACAAGCAUCUUCUUUCCCCUGCAAGUCUAUUUUAUUUCCUUCUUGUGCUGCUCUGGAAGAGAGGCAGUAGCAAAGAGAUGAGCUCCUAGAUGGCAUUUUCCAGGGCAGGAGAAAGUAUGAGAGCCUCAGGAAACCCCAUCAAGGACCGAGUAUGUGUGUGGUUCCUUGGGUGGGACGAUUCCUGACCACACUGUCCAGCUCUUGCUCUCAUUAAAUGCUCUGUCUCCUGUGGAAAGCUC